GGGGAGCGGUGCAUGGGACCGAGUGGAAGCCGCCGCCGCCGCCGCUGCUGCUCCUAACGCCGCCGCCGCCAACGCCGUCUUGCGCUGGGGGAGGCCGACGAGGCCUACAAGGCUGCUGCUGCUGCUCCUGCGGCAGGGACCGCACCGCAGAAAGCGAGCGAGAGAGGGACACACACACACACACACACAAACACACGCACAGGCGGCGCGGCGGCCCGGCUUGCCCUCGCCUCACCCAGGGAUCGGCUCCCUCCUCGUUUUCUCUCCUUCUUGUCUCUGGAUUCUCUACCAGGAGGGUUCAAGUAGGGAUAUGUCCUCAGCACCAACCACUCCUCCAUCAGUGGAUAAAGUAGACGGAUUUUCUCGGAAGUCCGUCAGAAAAGCCAGGCAGAAGAGGUCGCAAAGUUCGUCCCAGUUUCGGUCUCAGGGCAAGCCUAUUGAGUUAACUCCAUUGCCUCUGCUAAAAGACGUUCCAUCUUCAGAGCAACCUGAGUUGUUUCUAAAGAAACUUCAGCAGUGCUGUGUCAUUUUUGACUUCAUGGACACGCUUUCAGAUCUUAAAAUGAAAGAAUACAAGCGCUCAACUCUUAAUGAACUUGUGGAUUACAUUACAAUAAGCAGAGGCUGUUUGACUGAACAGACUUACCCUGAAGUAGUUAGAAUGGUUUCUUGCAAUAUAUUCCGAACACUUCCUCCUAGUGAUAGCAACGAGUUUGACCCAGAAGAAGAUGAACCUACCCUUGAGGCAUCAUGGCCACAUUUACAGCUUGUAUAUGAAUUUUUCAUCCGAUUUUUGGAAAGCCAAGAAUUCCAGCCCAGCAUUGCCAAAAAGUACAUAGAUCAGAAAUUCGUAUUACAGCUGUUGGAGCUAUUUGACAGUGAAGAUCCUCGAGAACGGGACUACUUAAAGACAGUCUUACACAGAAUUUAUGGCAAGUUCCUUGGUCUUAGAGCAUUUAUCAGAAAACAGAUUAACAAUAUUUUUCUACGGUUUGUUUAUGAAACUGAACACUUCAACGGUGUAGCUGAACUGCUGGAAAUAUUAGGAAGUAUUAUCAAUGGCUUUGCUUUACCUCUUAAAGCAGAACAUAAACAGUUUUUGGUGAAAGUGCUGAUCCCUCUACAUACUGUUAGGAGUCUAUCACUCUUCCAUGCACAGUUGGCAUAUUGCAUAGUGCAGUUUUUGGAGAAAGACCCUUCACUCACAGAGCCUGUCAUUAGAGGUUUAAUGAAAUUCUGGCCGAAAACUUGCAGUCAAAAAGAGGUCAUGUUUCUUGGGGAGCUGGAAGAGAUAUUAGAUGUGAUUGAACCUUCACAAUUUGUCAAAAUUCAAGAACCCUUGUUUAAACAAAUAGCUAAGUGUGUCUCUAGCCCUCACUUUCAGGUGGCUGAAAGAGCAUUAUACUAUUGGAAUAAUGAAUACAUCAUGAGUUUGAUAGAGGAGAAUUCCAAUGUAAUACUUCCCAUCAUGUUUUCCAGUCUGUACAGGAUUUCCAAAGAACACUGGAAUCCGGCUAUUGUGGCUUUAGUAUACAACGUGCUGAAGGCAUUUAUGGAAAUGAACAGCGCAAUGUUUGACGAGUUGACAGCCACUUACAAGUCAGAUCGCCAGCGCUUAUCCAAAGCAGCAGGUGAAACUAAUGAGGAAACUUCGGGAACUCCGGGCAGUUUGCGACUUGGUGAAAGUCGUGUCUUUUGUGAGACUCGGGGUUCCCACAAGCAAAGCGAAGGGUACUGUAUGUCAUCAAGCCUUGUUAGUGAGAAGAAAAAGGAGAAGGAACGUGAAGAACUAUGGAAGAAACUGGAGGAUUUGGAAUUAAAGCGGGGUCUUAGACGUGAUGGAAUAAUUCCAACUUAACAAAAAGAAACCAAGCAGCAUUAAUUAACCUGUGGAGUCACACAUGUAUGUAGUAGAAGAUGGAGCAACAGUUUUCUGUAUUGUGCAACUUUACAGUAGAUUUCACAUUUGUUUCAUUAUUACAACAGCACUGUAUAUAUCUGUCUCUAAGUAAAGGAAAAAAAUAAGGACUUCAAUCCAAAGUUUGGACACCGGAUGGACUUCUCAGAACUUUGCAAAAAUAAUCAUUGUUUUAACCCUUCUUUAAACCAGUCUUCAAAAGAUCUGUUGCUGAAAAUUGCUAUGUCCAAAUUCCAUUGUCAGGACCUGUUCCUUAUUUAUCAUUAGCAGAGAGUGUUACAACUUCAAAUGUGAACAAUCUUAAAUUUAGCUUGUCUUUCUGCUAAACUGUUAAAUGUAUUUAUAGUAAAAGCGAAAAAAAAAGAUUGUCAUUUUCUUAUGAGUUUGUGUAACAUCUUUCUCCUCUGGAUAACUAUGAUGUAAUUUGACUUUGGGUUCCCUCCCCCCCUUUUUUUUCCUUUUUGCACAUCUUCAUGAGUUGAAUGUUUAUACAGUUUAGGGCCAUGGAAAAAAAAAUAGAGGUCCUUAAUGCUAAGAGUUUGUUCUGGUAUAAGCAACUUUUGAGUACCAGACUUGCUUUGGUGCUCCUUCAGUGUGAACAUUAUGAGUAAAUAUAAGGUGGUUAUACACAGAAUUGGGAAGUGUGCUCUGGAUUUGUCAGUGAAUCAAUUGAUUGUGAAUCCAGGCUCAUCUCGCCAAUCCUUAUCAAAGUGUGCAGUGGCAACAACGCAGACUUCAGUAUCCGACCAGUAUUAGUUGUAUACCGUUGAUAACAUGACCAGAUUUGUGUUAGUAAUACUGAGGCUAAAUUAUUGUAUUGCUAUACAUUUUCUUCAGGCCAUUUGAAAGUAAUUAAAGAAAAGAGUACAUCUAUGACAUUGGUCUCUUAGGUCAUCAUGGAUCUAGUAUUGGGAAUUGGAGGGGGAGUUCAGCAAACAGUUUGGAUCGUUUGAAGUUGUUGCCUUACCUUUCUAAAUAUGUAUUUAUUAAACAUUCCAGCCAAAAAGAAGAAAAAGAAAAGAUGUAGUCUUUGGGGAGAGGAAAGAUACUGCGGUGUUUCUGUAUCUCUAAUCCCUUUUCUCAUCACAGUAACAUCUUUUUUGUUUGUUUGUUUUGAGCUGGAACGGAUUCUGGAUAACAUACUUCAUCUUUCUGAACUUGUCUGUUCGUUCCUGAUUACGGUAUUUGUUACCAAACGUGGUUCUCAAAAUACUACUGAAAAAAAGAAUAUUCCAAUUCUGGCAAUCCUAAUGUCCUGAGUAUUAAUAAUAAAAUUUAAAAUGAUUUUAUAUCAAAGGUGCAUUGUGACCAAAUUGUUUAAGGUUAAAAAAGAAAAGAAAAAAGAAGAAGAAAAGGAGGACUGUAUUAUAAGUAUACAUUACUGGCUAUCUGCUUUGUAUUUAAAAGUGGAAUCUCACAUCUUUGGUAGAUAAAAUGCUGAUAAGACUUGUGUACAGUAUAUAUUUAGCUAAUGCAGGUGCAUUAUUAUAUACCGUAAGGUAUGUGUUUUUCAGGAUUUUUCUCCAGGAUGCUUUUUGAACUGUUAUAGACAACAUAUGACAACGAUGAUUGAUAAUCCUAAACCAUUGAUCCAGCAGUAUUUACAGUAUAAAGCUGAGUUGGUGUUCAUGAGUCUUUUGUGAUAGUUGCAAACAUGAAUUUACAACCUGUUGCCAUUGAUAGAAGUACGGUAUAAAUACAAGCUUGUAUAUUUUUCUUCCUGCCAUUUAAAUAUUUGGUAGAAUUUGAGAGAUUCUUGUUUCUAGGCCAAAAAAAAAAAAAAAAGUGUGUGUGGAAAAAUAAUAAUCCCCUUCCUGUCUAACUGACUACUGUUUCGGGAUUAUCAGGUCAUAGUUUGUACAUAUGAGUCUUUGCAUAUGGAUGUUUUAAACUCAACAGCUUUGUAAAAACCUGAGACUGCUAAUUCGGGGUGGGGGGUGGGGAAAUUCAGACGUAAACUAGUCAUAUGCAACAACGAACACAACAUGGUUUAAUGGGAUUAAGCUAAGCCUCUCUUAAGAACAUUGACUGGGACUCAAUGUAAACUUGGCAGACGCUGCCAUAGGUGAAACGUUCUAUUUUAAAAAGUGCUGGAGCAAAGGUGCAAGCUGAAAUACUGAAGAUAAAAUAAAUUUAUAACAAAUCG